UGACCCGUGGGUAGAUUGGCUGGAUUACAGGACGGAGCUGUGGCUAUCGUGAACUCUAGUGUCCAGUUCGUGUCCAAACCUACAUGUGACAGACACACGGGGCACGUUGUUCCGCUCAGGACACCUCUCUAGGACGUCGUAUCACGGGUAAAGCUGUUCAGAGACCGUACAAACAACUUUACUCGUCGAAAAAAAAUCGCGGACCGUGCUUCGGUGGAGCGUAGCGGGUACCGUGGCGAGCCAAGUGUUCUGGGUCGGGCCGUACUGGUAGGAGCACCGACCACAGCCGCCCGAGACCCGUUGUUUGGACUACCUUGGUGAAAGCAGCUUAUACAGCUGUGUCAUUUGAUGUGUAUAAGCAUAAGGUUCUUUCUGUGCUUGUGUCGGUGAGCUGAAAUUCUUUUGGACGGCAGAGAGAGAGACAUUCGACCCGAGCAAAGCUCGAAACUGGGGAGGGCACCCCGCUUGAGUGAGAGGUCUACACUCCCCUUGGUAACACCUUUCAACAAGACAUUUACCUUUCAAGAUAGAUCGACGGAGGGAUAAACAAGAACUGGGCUCAGAAGAGACGAUGGCGGUUGUGCUACCAGAGGCAGACUUCGUGCAACCCCUGUCCAAGGUGUACGAAUGUCCCAUCUGCAUGCUGGCCUUCAGAGACCCCGUACAAACUGCGUGUGGACACCGCUUCUGUGCUGACUGCCUUGGACCGUGCAUGAGGAAGAAGAACCCACAAUGUCCAAUAGACGGAUUGGAGCUGCAUCCUGAUAAGUUGUUUGCAGAUGUGGCCUUCAGUCGACAGGUGUUGUCCCUGACAGUCAGGUGUAACUUCCGCAGUGAUGGCUGUGACUGGAAGGGGGAGCUUCGAGACUUACAGGAGCAUCUGGAGUCCUGUACGUACAGAGACAUGGUACACAUGGCCUGUGGUCAGGCAGGAGGGAAGAAAGCACGGAAGGAGGAGGCAGUCAGUAAGAUCAAGAAAUGUAAACACUGCACCAAGGAGGUUCCAUCUAGAGAAAUGGUGCUUCAUCACGAGAGCUGUCUCGCUGUGCCGGUGAACUGUCCCAACAGCUGUGGACUGAAGGACGUCCCCCGCAGUCAGCUGCCGCAGCACCUGGAUCCUGUACGCGGGAACUGUCCGCAGUCCGUCCUACCCUGUCCCUUCAAGCCUGCAGGCUGCACCUUUCAGGCCAAACGCCCAGAGAUGAACAAACACCUGAAAGUCUUGCCGCAGUACCACCUCGGACUCCUAUGCCAGAAGAUCAACGACAUCCACCAGACGCUCGCCAAACAUGAGGGACAGAUGCGGGCGCAAGCCGCCAAAGUCGCAGAGCAGAACGAGCGAAUCCAGAACCAGAACGCUCUCCUCACAAGUCAGCACCAGCGCGUGAAGUCUCAGAACGGGAAGCUGGAAAGCCUGACGGUGAAAGUUUGCAACCAGAGCGAAAAGAUCGAACUCCUGCAGACAGAGCUGUUGAGGAAAGAAGCCAUCAUUGCUGAACAGAUGAAGAAGAUAAAGGAACUGGAAGUCACGAGCUAUGACGGCACAUUACUCUGGAGAAUAAACAACUUCAGCCAGCGUCACCAAGAGGCGGCCAACAAGCAGGUUCCGUCCAUAUACAGCCCGCCGUUCUACACCAGCAGAUUCGGGUACAAGAUGUGUAUCCAGAUCUUUGCCAAUGGCGGCGGCGAGACACGGGGCACGCACAUGUCCAUCUACUUCCACAUCCUCAAACACCGCUACGACAGCGUGCUGCAGUGGCCGUUUCCCCACAACAUCACGUUCACGCUGCUGGACCAAUCAGACGACUCCAACAAGGCCGAGCACAUCUCGCACACCCUGGUUCCCGACGCCACCGCGCCCAACUACCAGAGACCGACCAGUAGCAUGAGCGAGGGACGCGGGUUCCACAAGUUUGUGUCGCUGGAAAAGCUCUGGAGUCGCAGCUACACUAAAGAUGACAACUUGUUCAUCAAAGUAAAGGUCCACUGUUAGACACUUCUCAACAUUCAAACAAGCUGGGACAAAAACAAGAUUACUAUAUUUAAAGCUAUGCUAAGUCCCUGGUCUAAAACGUUCCUUACAAGCUUGAAUUGGACUUUUGCUGACAUGAGAACUUCAUUGGACCUUACAUUGCCUUUACCAGUCAAUCAACAUGCCUCCAGUUGAAUAUGUUAAGGAUCAUGUACAUGUAUUAGUAAGUAACUUUUGUGUUGUUAUGUAGAUGUAGCAACAUGAUCAUCAUGUGGCCAUGGGACAAUAUCAUAUGGAAAUUCUAUAGUUUUAGCCUGAAAAUAAUCUUUGUGGAAAAUUGCAGUUUUUCCAGGUGGAUCUACUAGUAAAAUUACUAACCUUUUCCAUAGAAUGACUGGGAUCCAUUUUAUGACUAUGAGAUCUGCUUUGUAGAUAAAAUUGGGCACAAGAAUAUCAACAUUUUUACACAGUUGUACAAAAGUGAGACAAAAGUCAGUUUGCCAGGAAUUCUACGGUAGUUGUGAAUGUAGUCCAGUUGUACAGUAUGAGCUGUUGUAAAAUUACUGUUGUUAUAUAUUCUAUCUUUCAAGUAAAGAACAUGUUUCUAGGAUGCUCUUCACAAACUAUGGGGAGGCAGGUCAUAUACUGGAAGAGCUGGACUCUUAAGUUGCAGUUUUAAAAAUGCAGCAAAGUUGUUAAGUUUCUGUUUACAGAAGUGCCUAUCAAUUAACCGUUUAACAUUUGUUUUAGGAGAAUUGUUGCUUGCCAUUGUAUUUAUCCUUACUGUAUUUGUAAGGAUGUAUGUUUUCAAAUCAAAGGCAUUGUUUUAUUUUCGUUGUGGCCAAGUAGUGACAGUGAAAACUUCCUAUGCAAAACUAGUGGUGUCUUAAAAGACCAA